GUGUGUCCAUCGCAUUCUCUAAUACACCAACAUGCCAAUGCACUUUGCAUCAAGCCUUGUUCACAGCUAGGACGCCCCCAAAAGGCUCGAGAAGACCGCUGGCGGCAGCAAGAGCAAUGCAACAUGAUAUCGCUCUGCGGGCCAUCACUACUCGGCUGAGUCUCACACCAGUUGAAGACCUUCCUCGAAUAUCCGGCUUCCUCGCGACCUCGUUGGCUCAAUGUCCUGUCGAAUUGCUUUCCUCAGACAGCAAAGGCAAUAGCUCUUCCGUGGUCGCACACAAACUCAAGACUCGAAUCACCUCUUUGUUGCAAGACAAAUCUACUGCUUGCCGGUUUACCGCUGCCGUGCUCAUCAAGGCGAUCGUUGAUAAUGGUGGCUUGAAGGUUCUGUCUAACUGGGAAGUCUGGACCAGAGGCUUGCUCAGCUGCUUGGGAAAACCUGAGCCUUUUGAAGUGAAAAGAAUCUAUCUGGCUACUGUCACUCGGAUCUUUGUCCUCUCCCAGGACCACCCGGUAUUGUUGCGGGAGGUAACAACGCCCCUCCUCCCGGCGUUCAUCACAACAUGUCUCGGUCUCAUCAAGCCAGUCAGGGCUCAUGCGGACAGUAACGUCAACCCUAUCCUACAAUCGGUGCUACAAUGUUGGAUCCAGUUGUUGCCUCAGCACGCAACGGUCUUUCGCCCUUUCCUGACGCGUAUCAGGCUAAUUUGUCUGAGCCUUCUCGAAGACGCAUGGACUGCGACCUCUACCAGAGAGCUCGCGAUCCAGCUUCUUUGCUUGCUAUUGUCAUGUGCACCCAAGAACACAAUGACUCAGGAAUGGUCCCAGGCAAUUUCCGAUCUGAUCAGCAGCGCUCAUCAAUCUGCCGAUAGAUUGUUCAGAGCCGUUAUAGAGGAAUACGAGUCCAAUGACAAGAGCCGUCAAAAACCUAUCGGAAAGCAUGAUUUCUCCAAAGACCCGAAGAUUUAUAGCGCCGACCAAGCCGGACUGGGCCAAUGGGUUGGCAUGCACGACGGCAGUACAAGGCUUGCAACAUUGCUCGACUGGUUAGGAUGUUUAGUCUCGACACCUACGUCGCAAGUCAUUACGGUCCCUCUGGGGUCUAUGCUGGACCUGACUUCUCGUAUACUGGCUAUAACCAUUCCUGGAAGCGGGUCAAGCACAACUGACUCCCUCAAGUAUACCAAAGAAGCGAGUCGAGAAGAGAAGGAAGGUCUUUGGAUUAACUUACCUCGUCUUCACGUUUCAUCUCUUAGUGUGCUCCAAAAUUUGUGCAAAACUUAUGGACAGUCCUUUCUCCCGGCAAAUGGAACUAUACUCAACCACAUUAUGGAAGCAUUUAUCGCAAUGGCAGGUGACGAGACGGUCAGGCGAGAGGUCUAUACUACCUUCGCCUCUCUCAUGAGCAGCAUGAACACGACCAGUUUUGUGUUACCUGAGACCACCUUUUCAACGUUACUUGAGCACUGUUGCAAUGACCUGCGGAUUGGUGUUCCCGGCUCAGAUGAUCGGACCAACCACAAUCCUGCAAAGGAUGGAUUUCUGAGUGCUAAAUCCACGUUGCCGGUUGCUGGAGGCUCUCGCUUUUCGGAAAGACAGCCCCAAGUAUACCAAGCAGCCUGGGGAUUGCUGCCAGAAAUCUUGGCUCAUUGCCCGACAUCGAUGAUCUCUCGUCAAGCAAGAAUAGAAGCGGAUAGACUGUCUGUAUUGCUCGAUCAUCAUGAUGCCAUGAUGGCGAGUGUCAUGCGUCCAAUGCUGUCCAAGGAUGGAAAAAUGAGGACUGCCAGUCUGCUUCCGUUCCUGGUCAGGUCUGCAGCAGAUUGUCUCGACACCGAGGCCCUCUUGAGGCCUCGAAUGCCCGUUGCGCAAAUGAAAGAGAUUUCUUCGGGAGCAUCUCGCAAUGUUCGAGCCCAUCUUGAUGACCAGCAGAUGGCACACAUGCCCAACGACGAUGCGGAAACCUUGUCUAAACCUGAGGGCUCCCCUGAUGCCUUCGAGACCGACCUCGAACAAAACGGCGCCAAUAGCCUCGAGGAACAAGAGGGGGAUGAGUUGUUCCAGGCUCUGACGGCGAGAAAGCGAAAACUCGAGAGCGUUCAAGACCCCGGCUUUCGAGAGCGCUCUCCCAUAGUAUCCGAAGAUGCGGAAAUGCUUGAUUCGAGACUGUCCAAGGUGCCAAGGUUGGAGGAUGGCGGCGUGGAAGAGUUGGUAUUGGAAGAGGUUGGUGUGAGCGAGACGCCGAUGGCGCAGCCUCCAGCUGCCGCAACUUUUGGGAUCGAAGAACGGCCCUCUAGCUCGAGAGGCCAGCUUCUUGGGACAGUGUCUAACAUGGUUUCCUCCGAGACCAUUGGACAUAACGACAGUGAUAGCAGUGACUUUGAGAUCCCGACCAUUGACCCGGGGUUGGACACUGACGAGGAGGAUCCUUGAUCUGUCGCCCUUGAGCCGUCAGGCAACGUUGGUUUCCUACAUAGUCUCGUAUUAGUGUGAGUAGGUAUGAGGCAGUGGUGCUCAAGCUGUCAAUACAAGAGAUACACCAGUGAUACUGUAGCC